ACAGUGUAUGUAACAAGCUAGCUAAACGUAGCGCCACGUUCGCAGCCUGUUUACACUAAUGUCUUUUUGUUUUGUGUAUGAUUCUUUUGCCAAGGGAUGUGUUUUGGGCCAUGCUAAGCAGAGGAACUCACAGCAGUAUUUUGUGUUUAAUCUCAAACAGCAAAAGGCUGAUGCAAGCAAUGCGGGAGGGAUGUGUUUUGGGCCAUGCUAAGCAGAGGAACUCACAGCAGUAUUUUGUGUUUAAUCUCAAACAGAUUAAAGAGGCUUCUACACCCAUCAUUCCGGUCUCCUUCUUGACGUGUGUAACAUAAACUUGGCGAGCCAGCCAGGAGACAACCAGCCCUCAACGACACCCACCGCGCCUCAGCCCUCAAUCCUACACGCAGCACGACGAACCUAGAAAAGACACCAAUCAACAUGGAGCAACUACAAGACGAGAUCAUAGAAACUCUGUGGACUUUGGAUAAACCAGAGCUCAUCACGGUGUGCUAUCAUCUAAAGUGCAGUGAACCAUCGGGCGAGGGGUUUAAAGGACAAACCCGUCGAGGUCUAAUGAGGAUGGUGGAAAGCACACUAGAUGAAAUCCAAAAGAGCGAAGGGUCUCAGGAGUUCUUGCAGUAUAUGAGUGAUCUCCAGUCGCGUAUACGGUCACCUGAAGUGCACGAAACAACAGAGCAAACACAAGUACAAAAUCCAGAGCCUACAGAGAUGGAAAGGCUUAGGCAGGAAUAUGAGCAACUUCAGCAGGCACAGGCAGAAGAACGCCGUGUUUUAGAAGAGAAGAUAGGGGCUUUGGGGACUCAGCUGAGCAACAUAAGCAUGGUCAGCGAGAGAGAAAACAACCCACCUUCACUCCUUAGAACUCCUGAAGUGACCUUAAAGAAAGACUUUAAAAUAUGGGGCCAAAUAGGGGAAGCAGGACAGAAGGACAAACUCUCUUUUACCAGUCUGACAAAUCAGAUUGAGUCUGGCCUUAAGAAGGGUUACUCAGAGAACGAAAUAAUUGAGGCUGUGAUAAAGGCCGUCUGCCCUGGCCUUCACCUCAGAGACCUCCUAGAAGUCAAGCGAGACCUCACCCUGCCUACACUAAAAAUUAUAUUGAGAGGACAUUACAAAGUUGACUCAUCAUCUGAACUACUCCACAGACUCAUGAACAUAUCGCAAGACCCUAAAGAGUCAGCCCAAGCCUUCCUGUUCAGAGCCAUAGAGUUGAGAGAAAAACUGCUCCGUAAGUCUGGGGAUGAAGAUGAUGGGGAACAGUUCAGUCCAACUCUGAUUCAACGCAAGUUCCUGCGAUCAUUAGAGACUGGUCUGUUAAGUGAAGCCGUCAAGUUCCAGUUAAAACCAUACCUGAGCAACCCAAAAGUGACUGAUGAAGUUUUAAUUGAAAAGAUAAAUGAGGCUUCAAGUCUGGAAACGGAGCGACAGAACAAGCUUAAGAGAUACACACCAGUCAAGCCACCUAGAGUGAACGAAAUACACACAGAGAUACAGUCCAGUCACAGCCACCACCCUUCGAGCAGUGAGGACGACACACACACUGAAAAACAGACAAGAGUAAGUGAAAUAAGUAACAGGAAGAAACAGACGCAAGACAAGACAUCACAAGGACUAGAUGCAGAGACUGUUAAGCUUAUUGAAGGCCUAAGAGCAGAAGUCCAGGAGAUAAAGAAACUGUAUACAGAGUCAUCAGCAACAACUCGAAAGCCACCGCUAGCAAGAGGAGCUAAAGGUUGUCAAGUGUGCAGAGAGGCUGGGGCUGGUGACACCUGUCGCCACUGUUUUCGCUGUGGGCAAGAAGGCCACCUCUCUCGUGGCUGCAGACAAAGCAGAAAUCUGCAGGGAAACGGGGGGGGGGGGGGUUGCUGA